AUGUACAUACACACACACAUACAGAAACACAUGUACAUACACACACAGAAACAUGUACACAUGCACAGAGACACAUGUACACACAGACACAUGUAUACACACACAGGCACAAAUACACAUGCACAGACACAUGUACAUACACACACAUGUACACACAGACACAUGUACACGCAUGUACAUGCAUACACAGACACACACAAACAUGUACACACACAACACCACCCCCAUAAAAAGUUGCAGUACUUCGUUGUUCACUCACAGAGCUGGGUACUGCCCUCUAGGGGGAGGCAGAGAGCACAGCACACACUCCUUCCUUUGCUUUCACUGUGCUCAGCUAUUGAGCAGUCUGACAGCUCCCAGUUCCAAUGACAGAUCUGGCCUGAGCUCCGAGCCUGCUCAGAAAGACGGCCCUGGGGGACACACUUGCCCCCACCAUAAUUUCCACUCGCCAUUGGCGAGCAGGCGAGUGGAAAUUUCAAGCCCUGUUAUACAGAAUUAU